AUGAAGGACUCCGCUGGGGCUUGGGCCCAUCCACACCUUGACCAGCUUGGAUCACACCAAGCCAUCAUCCAGAUGGUCAAAGGAUUCAAGAUGGAGUUCCUGGCAGCAUUUGGCAACCCUGACGCCACAAGAGCCGCUGAGCAAAAGAUCACCACCCUUACCCGGUCUGGCACCUGCGCAGACUACAUCACAAAGUUCAGGACCCUGGCAAUGGAACUGGACUGGAACAACGCGGCCCUUCAAGGCCAGUUUGCCUGCAGCCUCCACUGGGAGGUCAGCUGCCAGAUUGCCACCCGCAAGCACUGCCCCCGUACCCUCCUGGAGCUGCAGAAUGCAGCACUUGUCAUUGACAACGCCCUCCAAGAGGAGCAUGCUAGCCAUCCGCCAAAGGAUAAUAAGUCUAGCAGACCAUCCAACCCUGCAAGGGGGACAAGUACUGGCCAGUCAAGCACUGGUUCCAAGAAACUCUCCAACAACCCCAACUUUGUGUUGGAAGAGGAAAGAAACCGCUGCUGUGCUGCAGGCGCUUGUAUCAAGUGCGGAAAAAUGGGCCAUAAGUUUGCAGAAUGCCACAUGGGCUGGAAAGCCACCCCUAUCAAGGAAAAGGGGAAGGCUAAGGAAUCCGCCAAAAUUGGCAAAGACUCCAAGUACCAAUUGGGAAAAGAGUAA